AAAGUCCAUGUUAUCGGAACUCAAUCAUCAUUCGGUUGUGAUCGGUUGUUUCAGCUCUAUCUCGGAAAGGCAAACAUGAAGGCGUUUAUCGUGUUCUCAAUGAUUAUGGCGAUUAUCAGCUUAGGGGCUACUGAUGAGUCCCUACGGGAGAAACGCCGUAUACUGGAUGAUCAUCACGAUUAUGACGAGCAAUACGAGUCGCACAGCAAUUACGAAGACGAGACACAUCACCAAAACGAUUUAAGCCACGAAUGGGAAUCGAAGAAAGAGAUUAAACAUUUUGUCACCAAGAAAGUACCAGUGCCUUACCCGGUGGAAGUUGAAAAGCACGUACCAGUGCCGGUGAAAGUUCCUUAUCAAGUGCAAAUCGAAAAGAAAGUUCCCGUUUUGGUAGAGAAGAAGUAUCCGGUUUACAUCGAGAAAAAAGUGCCCGUCCACGUGGACCGUCCCGUGCCAUAUCCCGUGAAGGUCGAAGUUCCUGUCUAUCAGAAGGAGUACGUCCAUGUUCCGAAACCGUACACAGUUCAUGUUGACAAGCCUUAUCCAGUGUAUGUGAAUCAACCGAUCUACGUCGAAAAACCAGUACCAGUAACUGUAUAUAUUAAGAAACACCACAAAAAGUGGUUCUGGAACUGAUGUUUCAGCUGUAUUCGGUAAUAGGAACUUUAGGUGGUAAUUAGCUAUAAGCGCAUCUAGCAAUAAUAUGGAUACAUCAUCGUACGCUCAAAGCAUUCAACAUAUUUUUUUAAUAUAUGUGGAAAUAUAUUGUGAUACAAAAGUAUAAA